AACCCACAGAGGCUCACAAGACUGUCUCGCCUGCAGCACACACACUCUCUCUCUCUAUUACAUUCCUGGCUGUGGAUUCUCCAUCUUCCUACGUACAUCUGCAGGCCAUUGGUAGAAGCCAGCCCUAUCUGCCUCAGGGGUCAGAAGAAUAGAGAACAACAUGUGACAAUCAGUGCUCCACAGUCGACAGGAUGCUUCGAUUUCCUCAGACCUUGGCUCUCUUCUUUUGGUAUUAUUUGUUACUUCACAAUCGAGCUCUGGCUGAUGAAGAGGCCACUGGAGAGGAGAAAUCUGGCAUUUACUCGUGGUUUCCAUCCAUACCCAAGCUCCCAUCCAUACCCAAGCUCCCAUCCCUACCCAAGCUCCCAUCCCUACCCUCAUUUGGCCUUUUCGGAAGCUCAAAUGGCAUAAAUGAAGAUGCUGUCUCAACAACAACUGCCAAAGGGAUGAGGGAACUAACAAGUCCUUUUCAAGACCAAGCUGCAUCGGGAGAAGAGAGCAAUUUUGAGCAAUCCCAAGAAAUCACAACAUUGACUCAAAGCCUCUUUAUGAGUGUGACAGAGAUAAGAACUGAACCACUUCCCACUAGGACAUCAGAUUUGCCACACAGAGGCACAGCUCAGAGAAUAAGUGAAGCUAUUGUUUCUCCCACCAGCAGUUUUAUCAUAAACACAUUGUUCACCAAGAGUCCACACAGAACUAACCCUUCAGUACAGAACAAAACACAUAAUCUUACAUCAUGGAGAUAUACCACAAUUGGAAAUCCUAGUAAAGAUGACCCCGAAAAUCCACUUUCAGAUGACGUAAAAGUAGAUCAGGAAGUUUACUUUACAAAAAGCAUUCCUUCAACAGUCCCUCCAGAAACUACAGUUCCUACAGCCCUGACGUGGAACACAGUCCAAACAACAACACCCAACCCCGGACUAGUGGAGACUGCUCAGACCAGCACACACCCUCAGGGGCAUAUUACACUUCCCACCAUUUCAAGAAUGAAUGUUGUUGCAAAAAAAGAAGAUUUAGCUGUUAGUGUCGCCGUAUACUCAUUAGAAGGAACAUCUGAAAUUUACCCCACAAAGGGUCACUCAAACAUAGGCAUUUCUGAGAGGAGUCUGGUCAAUACUGAGCAGCAGCCAGUGGUCUUUUCUUCCAUGCCAAGGAUGGAUCCGGCUGUGGCAGAAGUCACAACAGAAAUUCACCCCACUCAAAACUCUUUAGAAAUGGAUUUCUCAGGCACCAGUAUGGUGACUGCUGGACAAAUGUCAGAAGUAUUCCCUGCUGCUCUCAGGACUGAUCAUAACUUAGUAGUUCAGGACACAACAUCAGAAAUGUAUCCAACAAAAGGCCUUUUAGAAUUGGAAUUUUCUGAUAACAUUAUCCAGAGUUCCCAACAACAGCCAAGAGUAUUGCCUACCAUAUCAAGGAUUGAUCAUAACUUGGAAAAGGAUGAGAAAACACCAGGCAUAUACUACACACAACGCCAUUUAGACUUGGACUUCUCCGAGACCAGUACAGUAAAUGCUAAACAAGGUCCAGGACUCUUUUCUUCCACCGUUAGGAGGAAUCCUAAUUUAGACGUGGAGAGCACAACACAGGAAAUCCAGACUACCCAGAGCCAUUUCGACUUGGGCUCUUCUGAGAGGACAACAAUGAAUGCUGUACAACCUGGAAUAUUCUCUACCACCGUCUUGAUUGAUCAGAAUUUUGCUGUGGAGUCGAUACCAAGCACAACUCAAAGCCAUGGGACUAACUUUCCAAUUCCAGAGGGUAAGCAGACUUCAGCAAAUCUAUGGAGGAAAUUGAGUAAAUGAAUGUAAUCAAUCAUGUGCAUGCAGAUCUUUAGGGUUCAAUUUGGUCAAUAUCAUCUCUGUCAUUAGUCCUGAGAGUUACAAAAAAACUAAAUUCUUUGAAAUUGCUGCUGGUAAAAGCAUAGCUUAAAAGAAAUGUAAAGAACAAAUAGAAAAACAGUAAGUAAAACCUAGCCAACACAAGCAAAUCUGCUUCUUGAUCAGGCUUGGCAAUGUAAGGGUCAAUAUUUUAAGUGCUGCUGAGGGUUUCUCACUCAC